CUCGCACGAAUCCUCCUGCCGUGUGCGCGGAAAGGGGAUUUUUGUUGUUGUUGUUUCCAGGCGUGCGCGGCCCACCUGUCGCUGCCCGCGUGCCCUUCGGCCAGCAGCUGUUGCCACGACGAUGAGGCGCACAGGCGCGGGCGUGGCCCUGGCGCUGCUCAACGCGGCCGCCGUCGUUGCUGCGGCCGGGCCCCGAGUAGGUUCCGAGCAGAAGUGCCGUUCGGGCCCGACGGACCUGGUCUUCCUGAUCGACAGCUCGCGCAGCGUCCGGCCGCACGAGUUCCGGAGCGUGACCCGGUUCAUCGUCCACAUCCUGGACACGCUGGACAUCGGACUCAACGCCACCAGAGUGGGCCUGGUCCAGUACUCCAGUCAGGUCCGCAGCGAGUUCUCGCUCAACUCUUACGGCGACGCCACCGGCAUGGCGGACGCCGUCCGGCGCAUGGUCCCGCUGGCGCAGGGCACCAUGACGGGCCUCGCCAUCCGCUACAUCAUCGACAACGCCUUCGGAGAGCGCCAAGGCGACCGGCCCGAGGUCCCCAACGCGGCCGUCAUCGUGACGGACGGGCGUCCUCAGGACCGCGUGGCCGAGGUGGCGGCGGAGGCCCGCGACAAAGGCGUCGAGAUCUUCGCGGUGGGCGUGGCCCGGGCCGACGUGGCGUCCCUCAGGGCCAUGGCGUCCCCGCCCUACGAGGACCACGUCUUCCUGGUGGAGACCUUUGACCUCAUCCACCAGUUUGGACUUCAGUUCCAGGAUAAACUCUGCGGAUCGGGCGCGGACCUUUGCGCGGAGUCGGAGCACGGCUGUCGGCACAUCUGCGAAAGUUCUCCGGGCUCCUUCCGCUGCCGCUGCCUGCCGGGCUACGCGCUGGACGACGACGGCAAGACCUGCACGGCCGUCGACUUGUGCGCCGACGGCGAACACGACUGCGAGCAGAUCUGCGUGAGCUCUCCCGGCGUCUUCGCGUGCGACUGCGAGCGAGGCUUCGCGCUCGACAGCGACCGGAAGACGUGCACGCCCUUGGACGCGUGCGACUGGCUGGAUCACGGAUGCGAGCAUCGCUGCGUGAACGCGGCGGGAUCCUAUUACUGCGUGUGCCCGGAUGGCCAACUGCUGCAGGAGGACGCCAAGAGCUGCGGACCGUGCAAGACGGCCGUCGUGGACCUGGUGCUGGUGAUCGACGGAUCCAAGAGCGUUCGGCCUCACAACUUUGAGCUGGUCAAGAAGUUCGUCAAUGAGGUGGUGGACACCCUGGACGUGUCGGAGCGCGGCACCCGGGUGGGUCUGGUCCAGUACUCCAGUCGGGUCAGGACCGAGUUCACCUUGGACCAGUUCCGCAGCGCAGACGACAUCAAAGCCGCCGUCACGAAGAUGAAAUACAUGGAGAAGGGCACCAUGACGGGCCUGGCGCUGGCGCACAUGUUGGACAAAAGCUUCUCCGAGGCGGAAGGGGCGCGGCCGCCGGCCCGCGGAAUUCCGCGCAUCGGUCUGGUCUUCACCGACGGACGCUCGCAGGACGACAUCAGCGAGUACGCCAAGAAGGCCAAACAAGCCGGGAUCGUCAUGUACGCGGUGGGCGUGGGCAAAGCGCUGGAGGAGGAGCUUCGCGAAAUCGCCUCGGACCCUCCGGAGAAGCAUUUCUACUACGCCUCCGACUUCAGCGCCAUCGGCGCCAUUGCGCUCAACCUCAAACUCGACGUGUGUCCCGAGGAAAGCCAAGGCGAGGUGGAGGUGAAGGAUCCGUGCGCCUGCGAGAACCUGGUGGACUUCCAGCGGGCCGCCGUCACCGACCUGGACCGCAUCACGCAAUCGCUCGCGGCGAUGAGCGUCCGGCUGGAGCAGCUGGAGCGGCGGCUGCUCGACGGGAAGUGACGUGCGGGAAGCGGGAAGAUGCUCGAGUCCCGCCCCCGGCGGCGAGGGACGCGUCGCGGCUUCGGCCGCCUCGAGGAGGAGACGAAGAACACCACCGACAAGAAUCGCAACCACGACGACGACGACGACGACACACCCUAAAAAAACUAAACAAGAGUAAUACACACCAACGGCGGCAACAAAAAAAGGUCACGAUUGUAACAACGUCAAAAGCAAGAAGAAGAAGAAGAAGAAGAAGAAGCCUCAGCAGGUUGCUGCUCGUAUUUCAAACCACGCCGGUGCAGAUCUCGCGUGAUUUUGUGACGCUUUUGCUUUUGAUGGUCGUCAUGACGAUGAGCAGUCCACCGUUCAAACCUCCAUCUUGACCUUUGCUCCGCUUUGGCGUCUCGGUGGACGCCGUUGCAACUUUUGUAUGAAAAACAUAUUUUCAUUUAUUUUCCUGCUUUUUUUCUGUUGGUGAAACGUAUACGGCAA